CCCGGACCUCGUCUUGUUGGGAGCUGCGUGCCCCGGGCACUUGGGGAAUCCGCCAGGAGGGGGGGACGCGGGCCCUCGGGGCUUGGCCAGGAGCCGGGCGACCCCCUGAGGCCGGUGGGGAUCCCCGGGAAGCGGACGGGCCAAGGCCUCCCCGGCGUGGGCGCUGCGGACCCCGCUGUCCCCGCACGGCCGCGGGUGGCCGCUCCCCGCCCCGGGUGGCCCGCGCGGCGCGUGUGGGCGUCUAUCUGGGGCGCGCAGGGCGCCCCCACCCUCGCCGCCCCUCCCGCGUGGCCCCGAUAAGGACGCCGCUGGAGGCUGGCUCGCCGCCACGGGGACUUCUCCCUCUGGCUGUCGCCGGACGCGGAACCGACCUCCGAGCCUCGGACGCGGCCGAGCGGCCUUUUGUGUGGCCGAGCCGGUGGCGCGGGGUUUCGGAAGAUGACCCCCAGCCUGGUGACCUUGGACGCUGUCUGCACACUGGCCGGAGAGAAGGUGUGAGCCGGUGUCAGGUCGGUGUCUGCCUCCCCAUGCCGGCGCCCUCCCCUCGAGGAAGGCCCGCCUACUAUGCAUGUGAUGAACUGUGUCUCCCUGGUCAGCGAUAAAGAAAAUGGGGCUCCCGCCUCCGCAGCUGGAUUCAUGAUCAGCCAAACGCCGCCGCCGCCGCCGCCUCCCCCCCCACCUCCACUAUGUCCAUCGCCUGCACCUCCCCCCCCACCUCCCCUCCCUGGGGGGCCUCCCGCGCCCCCUCCCCCUCCCGGACUGCCCCCAACCUCGCACAUGAACGGCCACCUGGGGAAGAAGAAACGGCUGCGGAGCUUUUUCUGGAAAACGAUUCCCGAGGAGCAGGUGCGCGGCAAGAACAACAUCUGGACCCUGGCGGCCAGGAAGCAGCAGCACUACCAGAUCGACACGAAGACCAUCGAGGAGCUGUUCGGGCAGCAGGACGGGACCCCCAAGGUCUCCCCUUCCAGGCGAGGGGCGGCGUCCCACUCGUCCUUCCGAGAGGCGCGGGAAGAGAUUACCAUCUUGGAUGCCAAACGGAGCAUGAACAUUGGGAUAUUUCUCAAGCAAUUUAAGAAGUCUCCCCAGUCCAUCGUAGAAGACAUUCACGAGGGAAAGAGUGAGCACUACGGAGCAGAGACCCUGCGAGAAAUCCUGAAGCUCUUGCCGGAGUCGGAGGAGAUAAAGAAAUUAAAAUCCUUCAGUGACGACGUGUCCAAGCUGUCGCUGGCGGACUCCUUUCUCCACUAUCUAAUUCAGGUGCCAAACUAUUUACUUCGGAUUGAAGCUAUGGUGCUAAAGAAGGAAUUUUUACCUUCUUGCUCUGCUCUGUACACAGAUAUAACAAUCCUAAGAACUGCUACAAAAGAGCUGAUGUGUUGCGAGGAGCUGCACUCCAUCCUGCACCUGGUGCUGCAGGCCGGCAACAUCAUGAACGCGGGAGGAUAUGCCGGCAAUGCCGUAGGAUUUAAACUGUCAUCUUUGCUCAAAUUGGCGGACACCAAAGCCAACAAACCCGGCAUGAACCUUUUGCACUUUGUCGCUCAGGAAGCCCAGAGGAAAGAUGCUGUUCUUCUCAACUUUUCUGAGAACCUGCGUCACGUCCAGGAGGCUGCGAGAUUAUCUCUGGAGAACACGGAGGCCGAGCUGCACUCGCUGUCUGUCAGGACGAGAGCUCUGAGGGAAAACAUCCAGCACGAUGGCGAACUUUGUCAGCAGAUGGAAGAUUUCCUUCAGUUUGCCACGGAGAAGCUGAGAGAGCUGGAGCACUGGCAGCAGCAGCUGCACAAUGAGGCCCACACCCUCAUUGACUUCUUCUGUGAAGACAAGGAGACCAUGAAGCUGGACGAGUGCCUUCAGAUCUUUCACGACUUCUGCCUCAAGUUCAACAAAGCAGUGAAGGACAACCACAAUCGGCAGGUGCAGGAGCGGCGGCAGCAGCAGCGGCUCCAGGAGCUGGAGCAGAAGCGCCGGUCAUGGGCAACGGGGGAGCUGGGGGGCUUCGGCCGCAGCAGCAGCGAGAACGACGUGGAGUUGCUGAGCAAGCGGGGCGCCGAGGACCUGCCGUCCUUCCUGAACCCCAGGCCCGUCAGCCCCUCCUACCGACCCCCCAACACCCGCCGCUCCCGCCUCUCUCUGGGCACCUCGGCCGACCGCGAGCUGCUGACGUUCCUGGAGAGCUCCACGGACAGCGGGGGCGGCGGGGGCGGCAGCCCCGAGGAGCUCAAGUUCAACAGCCUCCCCCGGAGCAGCCCGAGGCAGCCCCGGCCCACGGUGGCCUGGAUGGAGCCCGCCCAGUCUAGCACCCCUGAAGCCAGGGCCGCUCCGCCGAGUCAGCAGGAGGGCCCCGACUCACCCGCAGCCUGGCGGAGCCACCCACCCGCCCCGGACCCUGGGGACGCCCCCUGGACCUUCCCCAAGGCCCGGCGAGGGGGCACCAGCGUCCUGCGGAAGAGAAACAGCGAACCUGUGGGCCUGGGCCCUGUGCGGUCGCCACCGCCCCUGUCCCCGCUGACCGUGGGCAUCGAGGAGCGCGAGCUGGUGACCGGACUGACCCAGUUUGAGCUCCAGAGCCCCAAGGGGGCAGAGGAGACCGCCCCGCCCAAUCCCAGCACCUCCUGCCCCACGGAGCUGGGCGUCCCUGUGGAGGGGGGUCCGCCCUCCCCGGGUGCCACCACGGACAGCCUCAGGCCUGGGGACCGCGCGAGAGAGCCCAGCCCGGACCUGGAGGAGGACAGGAGGGCCCCGGAGGAGCCCAGCGGCCCCGCUGGGCUCUCCGCGGGCAGCAGUGACCCCGAGAAUAAAGACGCGGGGCAGCUCCUCUACAUCUCCGACGCCACCGACUGCUCGCUGACGCUGGACUAUUCCGAGGGCACGGACAGCAGGCCAGAAGGCGGGGACCAAGGAGGCGACGAGGGCCAGGGGGAUACCCCGGCACCCACGGAGACCCCCGUCUCCAGCCCCGCGCGGGAGGCCCCGGCACCGGGCCCCAGGAAAAGCGAGCCCAGCAGCAGAGGGGGCUCGUGCAGGGACAGACUGGCCAAAGGCAAGGACGCACCGGCGCCCAAGAGAAGCUCCCUCAAGGAGGCGCCCCCGGGGCCCCCCAAGACCACAGGGAGCGCGCGGCGGAGCCAGGCUGCGGCGACGACCCGGCCCGCGCGGCCCGCGAGCGCAUCCGUGCGCACCUUGACGGCGUCGGAGAGCGAGAGCAUGCGCAAGGUCGUGCCCAUCUCGCGCUCCAGCCGGGUCGCGGGGGGCUGGAAGCGGCCGCCCCGGGAGCCCCCCGGGACCACGGAGCCCGCCUGGGUGCGCCGCAGCUCCGUGAAGGGCACCUCGGACACGUCGCCCCGCAGACCCUCGACGGGCGGCACGGCCGAGGAGCCCCGACUCCAGCGCGCCAGCGGCUCGGUCAGCUCGCGGCCAGGCAAGGAGCCGUCCGCGCUGCAGCCCCGCAGCUCCGUGCGGAAGCCCAGCGCCAAGCCCCUGCGCAACCUGCCCCGCGCAAACCAGAAACCCGACGAGAAUAAGAUCUGCAGGUCCAACUCCCAGGAGGGCCCCGAAGAGGAGCCCAAACCGCCGCCCGCCCCUCCCAGUGUCCCGCGCGUCCCCGCCCCGGUGCCCAGCUUCGCCCGCAACACGGUGGCCUCGUCGUCACGGUGCAUGAAAACCGACGCCGCGCCCGUGGCCAGGGCACCCGGCCUCACCCGGACAGUCUCCCAGCGGCAGCUGAGGAUGAAGGGUGGCCUCGAGGACACCUCCCCAAAGGACAGUGGCGCCCUGCGGCGUGCCAGCAGCGCGCGGUCCCCCAAGAAGUGCGCGGAGUCAGCCGUGGAGGGACCUGGAUCGACCCCGGAGGCCGUCCCGAAGGGCAGAGGGACUGGGGAGAGGGGUUCCCUCAGGCUCAGGGACGCGCAGCACCCCACUACGCUGGGGAAAAUCCUCAACCCCCUGCGAAAGUAAUGGGGAAGUGGGGCGCUGCCUUAUUUUGUCUUUGGGGUCUCCACUGGGGACAGUUGACAGCUGCAAGAGGCCAUCACCCAGAUGUCUGUGCGCCCCGUGAGCCCAUGCCUCAGUGGCACCUUUGUAGACUCAGCAGCAGCGAGGUUCCAGCCGCUGUCAGUGCUCCAAUUUGGGGGAGUUCAGUGAAGCUGUGAUGGCCCCACACCUGCUCUUGUCCAGCGCCCCCCCAUACACACACCCAUGAAACACAGCCCCGAGAGACGCUGUCUUAGAGUCCCGGACUGUGGCCAGUGUUUAGAGACCAAAGACUAAGUGUUUUCAUAUAAAAAUGAAAUGUUUUCAUCGGUUCCUUUUGCAAAGUGAAAUGCCUCCCAGAAAAAACAAAAAGUGGGGUGCAAAGUCCUGCUUGUCUGGGAGGUGCCUUCCUCCUCCUACCAUGGGCCCUCGCCUGGGGGGUGCCUGCCCCCCCCCGCCCCCCAUGGCUGGCGUCUGGACACCCCUGGGACCAGCCGGCAGCUGCCUUUGCUCAUUUGUGUUCACUGGCCUUUUUCAGAGGAAGUCACCGGAGGGGUGGGGGCUGUGGGCCCACAGGGCAGCCCUGGCUGAUGUUUGGUCUUCCUGGAAGUGUCGUCCUUCGCUGCAAGGCCCUGGCACUGUCCCCUGCACUGCUGUUAUCGGGGAGGCUGUGGCAGGUCUCCAGAGUGGAGAAAGCCCGGGCACUCCGCCUCCUCCCGGCUGCUCGCGCCUCCCAUCCGCUUUCUCAACAGAACUGGGAGCCUGGAAUCGGCCUCUCAUGAUCCCUUAAAUGUUCACGUUUGGGUUUUUCAAUCCCGAGAAAAUCAAGUUUAAAAAAAUACCACCCCCACCAUACCUCCAGGCAGCUCCUCUCGGAAGGAUUUAUAGCUUCCCAGGGAAAUAGGGAGAAAGGUUUUUUUUUAAAAAAAAAAGGGGGUGGGGGACGUACUGUUCCUCCCCUGGACCCUCCCCUUCCACUUCCUCCUUCCAGAGAGAACUCUGGGGAGAGAGAGAGGAGGGGUUCUCGAAACAUUUUUUCAGAUGCCCCUUCUUUCGUUUAGGCUGCUCCUUAGUGAAACAUCUUGCUGUUUGUUAGUUGUGCGGUGCCGGGCAUGGAACCCGGGCCUCACACAUGCAAGGCAAGUGCCCUUCCACGGUUCUCACCCUCCCGUUACAGCCCACGGGGGCAGAUGGCCCUCAGCCAGCAUGUUAACCUAAGCCUCCUUUCUGCCACCCCAGUUCAUCGGAUGUCCCGGGCUUCCACCUGGCAGCUAAGUUAGCCCCGCGGACUGCAGUGUUCAAAGCAGGGCCCAUACGGGGCUGGGGUAGGCGAGAGGUCAAAGGUUGGCAUUUGUAGGCCAGGUAGCUUAGUACCAGGUGCUUGCCCCUCCUUGACACUGUGACUGAAGCAGCGCCACCCUCUCCCCUCAGCCUGCCUCCCCUCGACAAGAGUGGGGACCCGGCUCCUCCUUGCUCCGGGUGGUAGAUAACUAGGGGCCACUUCCUAGUUAUCUAGGAGAAGCACACCCGCUCGGCAGGUGAGCUUCCCGGAGGAGCUCGGGAGAGUGCCGCUGUGCAGCCGUCAGCUGGACCGUUUCUCCACUCAGCCCAGUCCUGUGUAUGCAUCUGUGCGAGCAGGUGAUCAUUCUAUUACCUUUUAUUGGUAGUAAGCUUGGAAAAAUAAUUUAAGUAUAUAAAGAAGUGUAAAUACGUUUCUAUAUGAAUUUGUUUAAGAUGAACUGAAUGUAUUUAAAGGCCCAUUUAUAUGUUCUUUUAUGCAACAUGUAGUUUAAUAAAGUUCCUGUUUAUGG